UAGUGCAGCAUGCCACUGGUGAAGAGAAACAUUGAGCCCCGGCACUUGUGCCGCGGUGCGCUGCCUGAUGGAGUGACCAGUGAAUUGGAGUGUGUCACCAACAGCACGCUAGCUGCCAUCAUCAAGCAGCUGGGCAGUUUGAGUCGCCAUGCAGAGGACAUUUUUGGAGAACUGUUUAAUGAAGCCAACAGCUUCUACCUGAGGAUGAGCAGCCUGCAGGAGAGAGUGGACCAACUGGCUGUGAAAGUCACCCAGCUUGACUCCACUGUGGAGGAAGUCUCCUUGCAGGACAUCAACAUGAGAAAGGCCUUUAAGAGCAGCACCAUUCAGGACCAGCAGGUUGUGUCCAGAACCUCUGUGCCCAACCCGGUCGUGGAGAUGUACCACCGCUGCGACAAGCCCCCACCACUCAACAUCCUCACCUCUUACAGGGAUGACAAGAAGGAUGCGCUGAAGUUCUACACUGACCCCUCCUACUUCUUCAACCUGUGGAAGGAGAAGAUGCUGCAGGCCACCGAGGACAAACGCAAAGAGAAGAGGCGGCAGAAGGGCUGUCCGGCCCACCCUGACAGGCCCCACUCCAGACAGGCCCCACCCAGGAGCCCCCUGUCCAUCUCUGAGCAGCAGAGACAGGUUGAAGACCCAACCAGAGAAGUGAAAAAGGUGCGUAAGGCUCGGAAUCGACGUCAAGAAUGGAACGUUCUGGCCUACGAUAAAGAGUUUAGACCAGAUGCCAGGCUCACCCCCUCCCCUUACCAUGGCAUGUCCUCUGAAGGUUCCCUAUCCCCAGAUAGCAGGUCAAUGGCAUCUGACUCCUACCCAGCAAGUCCCAACCACCCCUCUGCCCAGGCCUCCAGCACUGUCCACCCUGCUGACCACCAUGCCAGGGACCAUCUCAAUGCAGCCCAGACUCAGUCACUAGAUCGAGGCCUUAGGCCAGCUAAUCAGCCCCCAGGAGCUGCUGGAGCUGCAGCAGGUCGACAUGCAGCCUCUCUAGGCAGGACCCCUUCAGGACAUGGGGUCCAGGCUGGAGGAGAUCCAACAGUUAACGGACCGAGGCAGCAGUCCAUUAAGGACUACCGUGCCGGACACAGCGGCCAGCCUUCCACCAUCCCAGAGUACUACAUCCCACCAGCCCCUCCCCCACCUCCUCCAACCAUCCCUUCCUCCCAGACUGCCUUCGACUCCACCACAGCCCCACCUUCCGCUGCUGCCUCUGCUAUCCCUCCAACUUCCUCUGCCCUCUCUUGCCACUACUCUCCUUCUCCUCCUCCUCCUCCUGCCAACUACGUACCCUCCCCCGCCCACCCACCUUCAGGCGCACCCCCAGCCGCACCUCCUCCCCCACCUCCUGGGGCACCAGUGGGACACCAGGCUCACCCAUCCCCACCCCAUGCUGCCAUCAGCCAGACAGCUGUGGACGCAGCGCCCCCAACAAGGAAGACCACCAUGCUGGGAAUGAUCCCAAUGAGCGACGCACGCUCCGACCUGCUGGCCGCCAUACGUAGAGUACAUGCAUACGUUUACUCACCAACUCUGCAGACCAGCAGCUCAAUUCCGGUCAGGCUCGGUUCCGGUUCUGCAGACCUACCCUACAGCAAUGAAGCCCACCAGCCCCAUCCAGGUUGA